AUGUUCCGAUCACUGAAGAUACCAUUCGACCCGAAAAUGGACAACGACGCUUAUGAGAAGCACGUGUCCAAAGAACUCGUCGUGCUGGAGUACAGUAAGACCGAGAUCUUAGACUGCUCAAUUGAUACCGUUGGGGUAAAGGCAGCGGCCCGAUCAGUUCAUACGCUCAAAUUAAAAGAAGGGGACGCAUACGUGGUCGAAUUUUGCUGGUUCUUGCACUUCACUGAUGAUGGAAGCAAAAUCAAGAAGAUCACUCAGUUCGUCGAUGCUACUGGUGGAUCCGCAUUUUUGGCAGCGAUGAAGGAGGUUGUGUCGAAAGAACCGAAGACUGAAUGA